AUGGGGUUCCUGGAGGUGAGCACGGAGGAGAGCCCAGGUGUCAGUGCAGCAGGGCCAGCUCCCAGCCACGCGAUUGUCACUGCCAGGCCAUCACCAGAGCCACCUGACACUGAGAACAAGCCCACCGCUGGGAUCACCUUGCUGGCUGCUGGCCACACAAAUGUGUGGGAGGCUACAGCUGCACCCCAGACAGGUGCCACAGGCACCACUGCCCAUGUGGACACCACCAGCUCUGAGAGCGGCACCGAGGCUGCAGCACCCUCAGCCAGCAGCAGCAGCACCUCUGUCCCUGACUCCAACGCCAGUGGCACAAGCCUGGCCACCACGCCAGCCACCACACCAUCCACCAGUACAUUCACCAGCAAUGCUAACCUGCCAACCACCUCCACAGGCUGGGACACCUUUGUGACCAGUGUCACCACAGCCAUGCCAUCUGCCACAGCACGGGCCACCAGCACCAGCAGUGCCCCAUCCCUUGCUGUGACACACAGCGAGGCAAGCGGACGGAGCACCAUGGCCAGCACCACAGGCAGCACCACUGCCACCACUGCAGGACACAGCACUGCCAACACUGCCACCCCUGCAGGGAACAGCACUGCUACCACUGCAGGACACAGCACUGCCACCACUGCAGGACACAGCACUGCCACCACUGCCACCACUGCAGGGAACACCAUGGCCAGCACCACAGGCAGCACCACUGCCACCACUGCAGGGAACACCAUUGCCACCACUGUCUUGACUGCAGGCAGCACCACAGCCAUCACUACAGGGAACAUCUCUGCCACCACAGCCACCACAGCCACCACUGCAGGAGGCACCACAGCUAUUGCAUCCACAGCCCCAGUGAGCCCAGCCAAGGAGGCAGGGAGUCUCCCAGGCACCACGGCACCAGUGACACCACCAGCCACCACCAGCCCUGCCACCACCCUGUCCCAAGCCUUUGGGACACAGAGAGGACCAUCCACCGAACUGAGCACAUCUGCCCACACCACCACUGGGCACAGAACUCCUGCACCUGAGCCCAAACCCACCCAUGAGCUUAUCAAGCCAGCAACUUCACUCUACCCCUUUGGCGUGGAAGCAGGGGAUCAAGAGUACGUCCGGAGGAUGGUGGAUUUUAACUCACCCCUGUUCAAGCCAGAAAUUGGAUUUCCCUUUGGGAAGUCACUGCGAGAUGUUCUCUAUUUUACAGAUAACGGACAGAUCAUUUUUCCAUCCACGGACAACUAUGUCCCAACCAACCCCAACCCCCCGCCCCGGGGCUUCACUGGCCGGGAGAGCUUGCCAAUGGUGGCUGCCUUUUGGGAUGAUGCAGACUUCUCCAAGGGUGUUGGCACCACUUGGUACCAGGAGUACUCUACACUCAGCUCUACCCAAGACCCCGUUGUCCGAGAUGUGGAAGCAAAGAUUGAGAAAUACCUAAAAAUCCCCUAUGUAGCAAAAUGGACCUUGAAGGUGACGUGGGAGAAAGCUCCAGCGUACCCAUCCCGGAGGGAUGACACUCAGACGAGCACCUACCAGGCAGUGCUCAGCACCGAUGGGAGCCGCUCCUUCGCCCUGCUGCUCUACCAGGACGGGGGGAUGCGCUGGGACUACAGCAGGCUGGCUGCAGCCAACGUGCUCAUCGGCUUCUGCAGUGGCAAUGGCUAUGCCCAAAACAACGAGCUGACUAAGGAGCCACCAGCUGUCAAGUACCGACCAGACCAGCACAGCAGCAGCGGCACUGAUGUGCGUGGGCUGUGGAUUUACAGGCUGGACAGUCGCUCCCGGGUGAAUUACAGGCUGCAGUGCUUGGCGUGGCUGGACACGGAGCCAGAGCCGGCCACCUGGAACAGCCAGCUGCCACCCUGCCCCUGCUCCCGGCCCCAGGCAGAGCGGGAUCCCCGCUACCGCUGGAGCAGAGGCCCAGCAGACGCCUCCGUGAGGAUGCUGCGCACUGCGGCCCCCAGCCCAGCUGGAGCUGGGGUACGGUGUCUGUACCAAGGUGGGAGCUUGCUUGAAGGCUGGCAGGAGAGAGCAUGGAGCCCCCCCUUCCACGCUGCCACUGACACGGAGCUGGAAGCGUUCGACUGGUGCUGCCGGCGUGUGGGGAAGCCCCUGUUCUGUGCCAGGUUUGCUGAGAAGAGACCGAGGGUUGACUGUGAAGGAUAUGUGCCACCCACCCCUGCUAGUGCCUUUGGGGACCCUCACAUCACCACCCUGGAUGGACUCACCUACACCUUCAAUGGGCUUGGGGACUUUGUCCUGCUGCUGGCCAGUGAUGCCCGGACCAGCUUCGUUUUGCACGGGCGCACAGCACAGACUGGCAUGGCCCAGGCCACCAACUUUGUGGCCUUUGCUGCCCAGUACAUCUCCAAGACCAUCACAACAGUUGAGUGGACCUUGGGGAGCCAGGAUGACAUCCAUGUCCUCCUGAACAACAAAACCAUCCAGUUUUCCUAUUCCCAAGACCUGGGUGACGAGGUGUACUACAGCCCUGGUGUCCUGCUGGUCAACUCCUCCUCUGUCACGGCUGUCCUCGAUGGGAGCGUGGCUGUCUCUGUGUCUGCCACCUCUGGGAUCCUCAGUGUGGUGUGCAGCCUGCCCGACUGGUACCGCAACAGCACCAGCGGCCUCCUGGGUGUGUGGGACCAUGACCCUGCAGAUGACUUCCAGAUGCCAAAUGGUACCAGCAUCCCUGUGAACAGCAGUGAGGAGGAGAUCUACAGCUAUGGGAUGACCUGGGCUGUUGGGGAGCACAGCCUGUUCACUCAGCCUCUGGACUCACCAGCACUGAACUUCACACCCUUCUUCUUGUCUCGGCUGCGGCAGGAGAACGAAAGCCAGUACGAGCUGGUGGCCUCUCAGUGUCAUGGCAGCAAGGAGUGCAUCUUUGAUUCACUGAGCACAGGGAACCUGGCCCUGGGCCUGGCCACCCAGAGCCUUGCAGCCGACUUCCAGCAGAGGAAGACAGCACUCAAUGCCUUCCCUCCUGUCAUCACCGGUGACGCAUCCAUCACAGCCUUCAGGACACAGAAGGUCACAAGGCAGUACCGUGCCGUGGGGGAGGGUGCACGCUUCAUUCCCCAUCUCUCACCAGAGCUCAACAUAUCGGAGAAUGGCACCCUCGUAUGGGAGCCCCGUAGGACAGCCCCAUUCACCAUCAACCUGGAGGCUGUGGGCUCCAACAACGUCUCUGCACUCCUCCAGCUCCGCUUCACCCUUUGCAGAUGCAGCAGGAGCCAGGACUGUGACUACAGCAACACUGUCACUCUCGGGGAAUCUUCCCUGCAGCUGGCCGCCUGCAGAUGCGAGAGCGGCUACUCAGGUGCCCUCUGCCAGACCCCUCCAGACCGCUGCUCCCAGGGAUGCUUCCCUGGCGUGGGAUGUGACCCUUCCAGUGGCUGUGGCCCCUGCCCAGCUGGCCUGACAGGGGAUGGAGAGCACUGCUCAGAUAUCGAUGAGUGCACGCAGGGGACGGAGUGCCCGGGGAACAGCACCUGCACCAACACUGUGGGCAGCUACAUCUGCUCCUGCCUGGCCAGUGAGCAGAGUGAGAGGCCAGGUUGUGGCUCAGCCUGUGGCUACCACUCCUGCCCUGAGGGCUACUGCAGCAACGGGGGACACUGCCACCUUCACCCCGUCACUUGUGCCCCUACCUGCUCCUGCCCUCCGGCUUUCACCGACCAGCGCUGCCUGGUGGCAGGGGGGGACUUUCAGCCCCUGCCCAGCUCAGGUCUCCCUCGGAGAAGCAUCCAGAUGAGGAUCAGGACACUGCAAAACGCCACUGCUGAGGAAGUGAACAGCACUGUCUCAGCCAUCCUGGACUCCCUGGAGGUAAAGGCUUUCCAGAGCAACACCAACAUCACCCAGAUGACAGACAGCGAUGGCUUCACCUUCGUGGUGGUGUCCGAGUUCGCCUAUGACAGCCGGGGCACCGUCAUCCGCUUCCUGAACGAGGAGCUGCCCGCGGCCAUCACCGGCGCCUUCAACGGGCGGCGGCGGCGGGAGGCGGGCCCGGGGCUGCUCUUCCAGCGCCUGCACCGCGACAACAUCACCGACCUGGUGAAGCUGACAGUGGAUGAGCUGAGGGACUACUUCCCCUGCUCUCUGUAUGGCUACAAAGGCUACCAGCUCCACUACAUGGGGACCAUCGGCUUCAUCUGCAUCUCCCCCUGCAAGAUGGGCUACUGCCAGCACGGUGGCCAAUGCCAGCACCUGCCCGAGGGGCCCAUGUGCAGCUGCCUGUCCUUCUCCAUCUACUCUCCGGCCGGCCCCCGGUGUGAGUGGCUGGCCAUCAGCCUGGCUGCCUUCCUCGGCAUCCUGCUGGGAGCCCUGGCCCUGCUCUGCCUCCUGUUUGCCACGGCCUGCCUGGCCCUGCGCCUCUGCCGCCAGCACCGCCGGCACCGCCGGCACCGGGGGGCCAAGGAGACCUUGUGGAGGACACGGCCCUUCUCCUCUUUAAUGAUGGCAGGAGAACAAGCAGAGCCCACCCAAUCCCUGGAAAGGCACUGGAAACUGCAGCUCCAGGCCAUUGACCCCUCAGUCCAGAUCAGAAUCCAGAGACCCCACGUUGUGCCUCCCAGCCAGCCCCCCCAGCAGCCCUAACCUGGCACCAGUCCUUUCCUGGCACCUCCAGGCUCACAGGGGAGCCAGACACUGCUGCCUGCUCCACUGCUCGCUCUCGAGGUCUCCAGCAGCAGCAACACAUGGAAGCAGGGACAGACAGCUGCCUUUUGAGUUCUGGGAGGAUUCUGGAGGAGGUGCUUUUUUGAAUGUGUGUUUAUGUUGGGUGACCAGAGCAGAAAGAUUUCACCUUUCCUGAGGACCUGCAGAGACACCUUGGGAUCAUCCUUGAAUGUGCCUGCACCAGGGAAAUGUGCUAGU